GAUUGUGGUUUUGGCAUACAGAGGAAAGGGUUGUUCUCUGUUAUCUGCUGUAGCAACAUGUUUCAGACGGACACAGAUGUGUUCAUAGGAAGGCGUGCACAUGUUUUGCAAUAACCUACAGGAAAGAGCUGAAGGCUGUCCUUUUUUAAAGCCAGCAGUCGCUCCUUUUACCUCACCUGCUCCAUUUCUCCAAGGUACAAGAUCACCUCCAGUUCAACAUCAGCUCCAAUGUCUUCUACAAAUGGCACUCAGGUUUUUGUCUCUGCCUUGACGCACCCUCCACCCAGUGCCAGCACCUCCAACAGCCCGUGGCAGGCAGAAGCAGCCAGAGGAGCCCAAAUUGUAGCUACCCUCAUCAUCUUCCUUGUGGGAGUCCCUCUGAAUGGGUUGGUGGUCUGGGCCCUUUCACCCCGGCGUCAUCGUCACCUGUUACGACGAGGUAGCAGCGAAGACAAUCGUGCCGCUAGCAGUUUCCGGGUGUACGUGAUCAAUCUGGCUGUGGCUGACCUGGUGCUCCUUUUGCGUACACCUCUCAUGUUGGGCUACCUCGUGCACAAUUACAGCUGGCCAUUUGGCCUUGCCUUCUGCCAUCUGAUCAUCUUCCUGCGAGGUCUGGGUUUGUACGCCUCAGCGUUCCUCGUCUGUGCCGUUGCCUUGGAGCGCUGUCUGUGUCUGCUAAGACCUGUGUGGACACGACUGCGACGCCCCUCCUGGGCUAUUCCUCUCGCCUGUGGCCUCUUAUGGCUUCUGGCAACUAUCCUCUCUGCUCCUUACCUCCAUAGUGCCACCUUAAAGGAAGUAAAUGGGACAUACCAGUGCUGGGAGAGUGGGACCUUUGACAUGGUAAUGUUUGUCAUAGAGACUGUGGCAGGUUUCGUCCUACCCUUGCUGGUGUUCUUAGGAAGUAACUUAGCUGUUUUGCUCACCAUCCAGCAAGCGGUGUUGCUAACACCCACCUCCUCCACAUCUUGCACUACCCGCAAGAUGACAAGAAUGUACCAUGUGCUUUUUUUCACCAUGCUACUCUUCCUCACCUGUUGGGUGCCCUACUUUGUCUGUCGGCUCCUCCGAGCCAUGACUGCUGAACAAAAAGAACUGGCAUGGUUGAAUGAAAGAGCAUAUCGUGGAACGUACAUAUCGUUGUUCCUCGUAUACUUGAAGAGUGCUCUGAAUCCUGUGCUCUAUGUGUUUGCCGCUCGUGGUUUAAACCGUGCUAUCAAAGCUUCACUCGUUUCCACUAUGGAACGACUUUUUAAUGAUGACUCCAUGGAAUCCAUACGAAGGAAAUCUAUGAAGGACUCGCAUAUAUAGUUGUGUAGCUUAUUUCAAGGUACAAGCUUAAAAGUUCCACUGCUUCACAUUGUAAAGCUGUUUAUAUAUAUUUUUAGCUGUUUCUCUUUCUGCAUUUGCACAGAGUUUAAAGCCCCAGUCACACAGCACUAACGAAGGACACUGAAGACAAAACAAAACACGAAAUGUGAACUUACGAUGAUUUUUGGAGACAUCGUUUAACCGUCAUCCAGCUUCGUUCCUGUAGCUGGCAUGUCGUCAGGAUUUUCAAACAGUUGAAGAAUGUGAACAAAUCCUGACGACAACUUCAGUUCGUCCGUAUUCUGUUUUGAUUUCUGUCUUGAUGGUUCCUCAUCGUUUGCGUAGUUCCCAUACCGUCAGCAUUCCGUUUGACUGGCCUCCAACUUCGUCCAACCUCCCAAGUCUGACGUCUUGCACAAAUGUUAAAGAUAUCUGAACAGAUCAAUAACUAAAGCCCUGACGAGCUGAAUGUGACUCAUCCAUGUGUGGGACAAAAAGCAACGUUGUCGUACAGAAACAACAGUGGCUGGAAAGGCUGUGCGCACACGCACACUGCAGCCAUGUCCGGCUGUGCGCCACAAACAACUGUGCACACGAUCGCAUGUUUCAUUUUGAUUUUGUUUAAAGCGUCAAGGUCAGCGUUCGCUUCGUUUUUCUUUUGUUAGUUUUGGUUUUGUUUCAUUCUUUCAUGCGCUCGCAGGCUUUUCGGUGAUGGGAGAAGUGCAAGCUCAUUCGUCCACCUUUUCUCGACAAUUUGUGACUUUUUUUUCCCUUUGUUCAGCUAUCGUCGUGUGCCGUAUGACUGGGCCCUAAAGCUGUUCGGCCUUUCAAAUUUCACAAAACUGAAAGUUUCUACUGAAAUCCAAGCAUUAUAAUAUAGGUUUAUUUUUGUAACAUGUUGCAAAAUUACAGCUCAUUUUAAAGGAAGCGAACAUAUUUACCUGGGGAUAAUUCCAUUGCAAGUAUUUUAUAUUAGUUUUU